AGAUAUGCUCUACAAUUUCGUGGCUCAGUUUGUAGAGUUGGGAGAGAAAUUUUCAUCUCAAAUAAAAUUACAUAUUUUCUUCGCGCAUAGACCCAGGAUAUUCAGACGGGGAAGAUCAUAGGGCGUGAUUCUGAGUGUCAUGGCUUGUACUAUGUUAAUGAAGUUGAUCACUACGGAACAGCUACACUUGCUCAUGGGACAGUGGCCAGGCAGGCAUGGCUGUGGCAUCGUUGUUUGGACAUCCAUCUUGGAGGUAGGUCAGAGGAUCAUGGAGCCUGACCCGGACGACUGGCUUCCCAAGGCCUUGCCAUAUCUCCAUGGCAGUCUUGAGAUGCUUGAUUUUGGAGAAGGUGAUGGGAUCAAGUGUCUUGAAGAUGGCUGCUUUGGCGACGUUGUCCAGAUUAUGCUUUUUGCGAUCUCUAUCAUCCCAUUUUUCCUUAGGCUUUGGAAUGUACUGGACUACGUCUGGAGUUGCUGGAUUCCUCUCAGGAUUCUCCAUUUGGAUUUUCAAGGGUCCAUCCUCAAGCACCAUCCACAUGCAAUCGUGUAGAGCAUAGAGAUGUGCUUCCAUCAUGAUCUUCCAAUCAUCAUAACCUAGGAGAGAAAACUUGGGCAAAACGUGAUCCAUAUUGUUCACCAUUUUGAUCGCUUCUCGUUAAUCUAAACGUAGAUAGUGAGAAGUUUGCUCCGAUACCAAUUGGUGGUCCCAAAGUGGUGAGAUACAAAGUCUAGAGGGGGGGUGAAUAGACUUUGUUACAAAUU